UCAGAGAUUAGUUCAACAUGAAUUCACCAGGUUUUAAUAGAGGACCUUGGAUUUUUGUGGCCUGUGUUUAACAACAUACUGUAGUUGUACACAGCUACUCCUGACUAACAUGGCCUACAUUUGACCUUGGUAAGUUCAGAUCCAAUGAGGAUACUGGGAGGGCUCCCCUGCUGCUGUCCCACUAACAUCUGGUUAGCGUUCCUGUUCACUUUACAAACGCCUCCAGCAGAACAAAGUUUUCUAUGGGAAAUCCAUAAAACAAAUGGUCACUUAUUAAAUUAACUUUUGCUUUAAGGGGUUUACUCACACUAUAACUAUCACUGUUCAACAUGUUCCAUUAGCAUCAGCAUUUCUGUUGCAUAAUCUGAUGCAGUCUGAAAUAACGGAAGCCUGAAAUAAGGAAGGAAAGAUUGAGAUAAGUAAUCUAUUGACUUUAACAUAUCACAUAGAUAGGUUGAAUAGCUACAGUGUAAGCAUCUCUGUUUUGUGCCUUGUUUAUGUUAGCAGUGCGAUAACAGUAUAUGUUUUUUAGGUUACCACUUAGCUGUUCAAACAGAAAAACUUCACCAUUUAUUCAAUGUUACUGUAACGAUGUUCGUCUGAGGAAGAAGGAGUAGACCAAAGCGCAGCACGUGUUCAUAUUUCCUUAAAUUAACUGAACACUAAAUACAAAAGAACAAGAGCAUAAACAAAAACCAAAACAGUCCCAUAUGGUGCAAACACUGAAACGGAAAACAACUACCCACAAACACAGGUGGGAACAGGCUACCUAAGUAUGGUUCUCAAUCAGAGACAACGAUUGAGAGCUGCCUCUGAUUGGGAACCAUACCAGGGCAAACACAUAGAAGUACAAAACCUAGAACAAAACAUAGAAUGCCCACCCCAACUCACCCCCUGACCAAACCAAAAUAGAGACAUAAAAAGGAACUAAGGUCAGGACGUGACGGUUACAUUAUUCUGGCCUAUAGUGCAAUACAAAAAAUACAGCCGAAUCUUCAACACAUUUUCCAGUCAAUGUGUUUUUUAUUUAUUUUGAUUUAACCUAGGCAAGUCAGUUAAGAACAAAUUCUUAUUUACAAUGAUGGCCUACCGGGAAACAGUGGGUUAACUGCCUUGUUCAGGAGCAGAACAAAAUAUUUUUACCUUGUCAACUUGGGAAUCCAGCAACAUUUCGGUUACUGGCCCAACGCUCUAACCACUAGGCUACCUGCCACCCCUGUAGUUUUAAUAGUUGGGAUAUUGUGUUCUCCUAAAUUCUCAGUGCCAAUAUGUGCAUACAUCUUCUCUUAGUUGCCAAGUAUCAACCAAAACAAGGCCCAAAGUAGGCCACAUGUACUUGUUAGUUACUGUUAUGAUCAGUAUGUUCAUGAAACAAUCUACCAUAAAGGUCCUUCACACAAGGAGAAAUCCAAUUUGGCAGUGUACCUGCAGAACAUAAUGGAAAGAUAGGUAAUCACACCUCACAGCUUACGCCAGCAAAUAUGUUAAUCUUUGAUAAUGCACAACAAUCUUUAGUAAAUAUUCCCUUUUUUUUGCAAAAAUGCAUGUCAAGGCGUUUUGAGCAAAUGCAGAUUGUAUAAAAGUGGUAACCGUAGACACUGUCUUUAUUCAAGGCAAUCAUGGGCAAAGUACUGUUUGUGACGGCUCUAGCCCUGCUGCUGCAUGCACAGCUCGGGUCCUCCUACAUUUUGUCAUGCUACUUCACAAACUGGGCACAGUACAGACCACCCCCCGCCAUUUACAUGCCCAAUGACAUUGACCCAUGUCUGUGUACCCAUCUUCUCUAUGCCUUCGCCACUAUGAAGAACAACGAACUGGCCACCUUCGAGUGGAAUGACGUAGAGCUCUAUAGCCAGUUCAAUGGCCUGAAGAACCAGAAUGGCAACUUGAAGACUCUUCUGUCUGUUGGAGGAUGGAACUUCGGCUCUUCUGGAUUCUCUGCCAUGGUGGCCAGCCCCACCAACCGCCAGACCUUCAUCAACUCUGUGAUAGUGUUUCUGAGGAAGUAUGAGUUUGAUGGUCUGGACAUUGACUGGGAGUACCCAGCCAACAGAGGGAGCCCUCCUCAGGAUCAGCAGCUCUACUCUGUUCUCCUGGAGGAAAUGAGGGCAGCAUUUGAGAAGGAGGCUAAGCAGACUAACAAGGCCCGUCUCCUGCUGUCUGCUGCUGUCUCCGCUGGAAGGGAUACCAUCAGCUCUGCUUACGAAAUCCCCAAGCUUGGACAGGCCUUGGACAUGAUCAAUGUCAUGUCAUAUGACUUCCACGGCUCCUGGGAUCCCUUCACUGGAGAGUGCAGCCCCCUGUACAAGAGCCCUGCUGACAAUGGUGGCUUCAUCUACUUCAAUGUGGACUAUGCUAUGAACUACUGGAAGAACCAUGGAGCACCAGCAGAGAAACUGAUAGUUGGGUUCCCCACCUACGGCAACACAUUCACCCUGACGAAUGCAGCUGACAACGGAAUCGGAGCAUCUAUUGCCGGGGCUGGAACUCCAGGCAAAUACACACAGGAGGCUGGAGAGCUGGCUUACUUUGAGAUCUGUGGGUUUUUGAAAGACGGAGCCACAGAGGUUUGGGACACACCACAGGACGUGCCGUACGCCUACAAAGGAACCCAGUGGGUGGGCUAUGACAAUGUCAAGAGCUUUGGGAUCAAGGUUGACUGGCUGAAGAAGAACAACUUUGGAGGAGCCAUGGUCUGGACUCUUGAUAUGGAUGACUAUACCGGCACCUACUGUGGCCAGGGAAAAUAUCCUCUCAUCAACGUCCUCAAGAAAGGCCUCAAUCUGGAAUCAGCACCUUGCAAUCCCCCUGCAACUCCCCUGCCCCUUAUUAAGGGAACUACAAAUGGAGGUGAUGAUGGUGGGGACUCUGGAGGCAGCUCGAGCGGAGGCAGUUCCAGUGGAGGCAGCCCCACCAGUGGGACCACCAGUGGGACCAGUGGCAUGAACAGUAACUUCUGUGUUGGCAAAGCUGCUGGGCUGUACGCCGACCCCAAGAACAAGAACCAGUUCUACAACUGCAGUCAGGGCAAGACCUACUUCCAGUACUGUGCUACUGGCCUGGUCUUCGACACCUCAUGCUCUUGCUGCAACUGGUCCUAAAGUCCCUAUUUCAGAAUGGCAGGUGACAUUUCAUGGUCAGAUACCCUCCAUUUUAGAACUGGAGGCAUCCCUUUUUGAGUAUAUAUCCUACAUUAUAUUUCAGAUAGCAAUAAAAAAAACUACUUAUUUCAAUAAAUUGUUCUAAAAUGUUUUGAAUUAUCCCCUUCUUGUGAUCAACUAUUAAUGAAAGCAAAAGAGUUCACUGUCUUAUCUGUUGAAAUAAAAAAAGUAUUCAUUCAACUCAUGUUCAAAUGUUUUUAAACAUUUCAACAUUGUGACAAUGAGCAACAAUGCAGACCAAUCCAAAUGCCUUGAAAAUA